UUUCCCCUCUUCUCCUUCUUAUGCCCGUGGCCUUUUGUGUCUUUUUAUUGGUUUGGGCCUUUUUGUCUUUCCGUUGUCCUCUUUCAUUGGCUUUACUCUCUACUUCUUUGCAGAAGCUUCUGGGUUUUUUCUAGCUUAAAGAAAUAGAAGCUUCAUCGUAGAAGCUUUGGGUUUUUCUCUAUUCUUGUUUUUUUCUUCUCUUCCUGCCUCUCGAGCGAUUUUCUCUCCUCCGUCGUCCCCGAUGCUUACCUCUGCACCACCACUACUGUCGCCGUUAGCCCUUUUUUGAUCACGAUCGGAUGUGGUUCAAUGACAAGUGUGAUUCACGAUUUGCCGAGCUUCAUUUAGCUCGAGCUCCAAAGUACACGUGAAGAUAUGGGUUGUCUUCUUCGCCUCCACUAUUUCUGCUCAACUUUCAGUGGUGAAAUGGCACGCAAGAUCAGAGAGUAUGAUUCAAAGAGAUUGUUGAAUGAGCAUUUCAAGAGGCUCUCUGGCCGUGAAUUGCCAAUCAAAUCCGCUCAGAUUACCGAAUCAACCGAUCUCAAUGAGUUAGCAAACAAUGAGCCUUGGCUUUCGUCUUCCAAAGUGGUUGUUAAACCUAACAUGUUGUUUGGAAAGCGUGGAAAGAAUAGCUUGGUUGCUUUGAAUCUGGACUAUGCUCAAGUUGCCACUUUUGUUACGGAGCGACUUGGCAAAGAGUUAUUUUUAUGUUUUUCCUCUAUUUUCAUUCAUGCUAUACUAAAGAAUUUUAAACCGAAGGUUGUAAAUUUUCUUGAGAAGUUGACUUUGAGCUUAGCUUUCAACUGUCUUUGA